GGACUUUAAGUCAAAAUAACACCAACAGGCAGCUUUCUCCUCCUGCCCUCAUCUACGGACCUCCGGCGCCACCUGCAGACCAACAUGAGAAGUUCUGAUGAAUUUAGAAAUACUGCCAUAAAACGGAAGUUCGUGUUGUAGUAAAUGCGGCGCGCUUUGCUCAUCUCUCAGUAACAAACGAUCUCACGCUGCGGGUAUGUUGCCGCUCUGUUCGUAAUUACUGUAAACUACGUUUCAUAUGAUGUGUAAAAUAUAUCAGCAUUUAUCUUGACUUGUCUAUCAAACGAGAUGCUUGUGGAAUUCGUAGUUGUAUUGCUUUGUAAAGAAUUUUUUAGCGUGUUUUAGCUGCGGAGAGCACGUGACCUGUACGUGCACUAAUAUGGAACUCUCCUUUGUAGAACAGACUCGGAUCAACUUUUCAGUAAUUCACAACUGUGUUUGUCCCAUGUAUUGCAGAAUAAACCAGCUCCAUACAAUCCUGACUCCUGUGAAGUGCAUUCAAAUAGCAGCAGAGCAAUAUAGAGAACGUCACAUUUGCAUAUGAUCUUGUCCUGAAUAUGACGUAUGAAGUGAAGCUUGGCAAGAGAUAAAAGUAUUUUUUUCCAGACUAAGAGACUCCACCAAUGAAGACCUGCAGCUCAGGCAUGAAGCGCUUGGCUUUCAUAAUCCUGAUUAUCAACAGCUUCUGUGUCUUUUCGCAAAUUCCCCAUGAAUUUCUCGUUGUUGCGGGCUGCUUUGAAAAUGGGACAACUGAAUCUCAGUUCGAGUUUGAUUCAGAGGAGGUUUUAUACGUGGAUUUUGACAGAGAGGAGGUUGUUUACAGUAUGCCGAGAUUUGUUAUAGACGACCCAAGCACACUUUUUGAGAAUUUGCAUGUAUAUAAAAAUGCUCGGAAACACAAGAAAACAUGUUCAGCAUUUGUUGCAAUCUGCAAAGCUGAGGAGAAAAAUCCACCAGAAGAAAUGGACCCCCCUGAGAGCAUCCUCUACCCUUCAAAUGAAGUUCAGUUUGGAGUUGCAAACAUCCUCAUCUGCUUUGUGAAUCAUUUCUACCCACCUGGGAUCAAAGUCAGCUGGACCAGAAACGGCCAUCUGGUGUCGGAGGGGGUGUCACUCAGUCGAUAUUAUCCCAAUAAUGAUCAAACCUUCCACCAGUUCACGACCCUGACGUUCACACCAAAGGAGGGAGAUAUCUACAGCUGUACUGUUGAGCACUUAGCUUUGGACAGGCCUCAAACAAAGAUCUGGGAACCUGACUUCCGUCAUCGCAGUCUUGGACCAGAUGUUUACUGUGGAGUUGGCCUGGCUCUGGGCUUGUUGGGAGUCGUAGCUGGAACAUUUUUAAUGGUUAAGGGACACCGUCGACAGUAAUUUAUCUGUUUUAGAGAGAUUAUACACUUGAAAUUGAUGAUGAUGGUGCACAUGUAUUUUACACAAAGAAUAAUUCUGGAGUGCACCAUUUAUCAUCUUUUAAUUUGUGAUUUUGCUUUGAGAGAGGUUUAAAAAUCAGGCCUGCAGUAGCUCAUUGAAGAAUUAAUUAAAUGAAGAGUUCUCAAGUAGAAAAUAUAAGCUGUUCAAACACAUAUUUCCUCUACACACACAUGGACAAACCUUAAAACACUGUACAUAUGCUAGAUUAUAUUUUACUUUGAAGAGAGACUAUGUAACUUUUGAAGGAAUAAAUAACACAUUCCCCCGUCUUUAAAAUGAAAUGCUGAAUUCAUAAGCAACCAAACACACCUCUACUCCAUUAUGUACACUCAGGGAUUUUGCUGCUACCGCCUCACUUGGUCUGGUAUGACCAGUAGCUUUUGGUGGCUAAGGCUAGCUAACGGGAAGCUUAAUAUAGAUGAAUAUUGUGUGUGUGUGUGUGU